AUGGCUAAAAGGACAUGUUCAUGUGAGCAGGACCUAGACCCAACAAUACUUGCCACUCGCAGCCAUGCCACACAGCUAUCGGGCCUCGGAGACGACCAUGCGAAUGUGCUUCUAGCCCUUUUGCUCAUCUUGAAUUCCGUGGAGCAAUACGACCUGACCCAUCCAUCUCCUAGUGUCGUGAACGAGGCAAGGACAUUUAAAAUUGUGCCGGUGCACUUCCGAGUCAGCGGUACCGCGUUGGAAAUUGCGGCAGAAGAAAAGGAAAAUCCCAGGGAAUGCUCCGCUUGCGCCAGAAAUGAAUUUAAUAUAGUUGAUGCAGAUGCAACGUGGGUGGGUGAUGGAGAAACGGGGGCCCACGGGGAAAAAAAGUAUGUCGACGGACCCUUGCGCGCCCCACGCGUUUCUCCUUCCUGA